AUGAGCACCGCGAACGCACAAGCAGCCGCUGCCGCCGAGCAACAGAGAAAGCUCGACGAGUACAUCGACAAGAUCCAUUAUUCGGAUCGGUACUCGGACGACUUUUACGAGUAUCGCCAUGUCAUUCUGCCAAAACCGCUGUUCAAGAUGAUCCCCAAGCAAUAUUUCAGUCAGGAUGACCCCGGCACGCUCCGUCUGUUGUCCGAGGCCGAGUGGCGAGGAAUCGGUAUCACUCAGAGCCUCGGUUGGGAGCACUACGAAGUGCACGCACCCGAACCACACGUCCUGCUCUUCCGCCGGCCAAAGAACUUUGACGCACAGCUCGCACAGCGCCAGCUUGAGCAGCAGCAAGCCGCGUAUGCCAACGGAAAGGCUGCUGCGCGCCGCAAGUAG